AUGGAUUCAGACGUCAUGUCCGAUCCCGCCUUCAGUCUGGGUGAGGAAUCUGAUGACUUUGUCCCCAUGAAAAAAUCAAAGACCAAGGCACUGGCCAAGCCUGCUGCAAAGAAGAUGGUACAGACGACUCUCAAAUCAAAGGCCCCGGCGAAACGCAGAAAGCCAGAAAGUGACGAUGAAGACCUCUUCGGCGGCAACUCGUCUGGAUUCUCCCACACGCCGCCCAGCUCCAAGAAGCAGAAAAACGCGCUUCCCAUCAAGAAGUCUAGCGGCCUACCACUUGCCGAGGUUGAAAAUGACAGUGUGAUAGUCGACGAACCAGCGAAACCAGCGUCGAAAUCAUCCAAAACAGCCACAGAGAAAUACCAAAAGCUCACUCAGCUUGAGCACAUCAUCAAGCGACCUGACACUUAUAUUGGCUCAGUCGAGAAAACAGACCAGCAAGUAUGGGUGUUUAACAAGGCAGCAUCGCAAAUGGAGUUCAAGAACAUCACCUUUGUACCCGGCUUCUAUAAAAUUUUUGACGAAAUCUUGGUCAACGCCGCGGACAAUGCGCAACGUGAAAAGUCCAUGACGCAAAUGAAGGUCACGAUAAAUCGCGAAUCCGGCGAGAUCAGUGUUGAAAACAAUGGAAAGGGUAUACCCAUCGUUCUUCACGAGAAGGAAAAGAUGUACAUCCCAGAGCUCAUCUUCGGCCACCUCCUUGCCGGUUCCAACUUUGAUGACGAGGAGCAAAAGACUGUCGGUGGACGUAACGGCUAUGGUGCCAAGCUUUGCAACGUGUUUAGCACCGAAUUCACGAUUGAGCUUCAAGACAGCGAGCAUGGCAAAAGAUACAAGCAGACCUGGACCGACAACAUGCAAAAGAUGCACAAGGCCAAGAUAACCUCGAACAAAUCGGCCGAUUUCGUACGAAUCACUUUCAAGCCUGACUACAACCGUUUUGGAAUGACGGAGGGCAUCGAUGACGACCUGGAAGCUCUCCUGUUUCGCAGAGUCUACGACAUGGCGGGAACCAUCCGUUCGGUCAAGGUCUUCCUGAAUGGAGAGCAGAUCAAAAUAAAAGACUUCAAAGCAUACUGUGAUCUUUACGCCAAGUCUAUCGCCGCCGAGCGAACUGCAGAGGAAGGCGGGAAUCCAACGUGCACUGUCGAGAUUGACAAGGACAAGACACAUCCCCGUUGGGAGGUGGGCUUCACAGUGUCUGACGGAACCUUUCAGCAAGUCUCGUUUGUCAACUCCAUCGCUACUACCUCUGGUGGCACGCAUGUCAACUAUGUGGCCGAUCAGAUUACAAGUCACCUCCUAAAAACUCUCGACAAGAGGAAAAAGGGACACUCUCUCAAGCAGAGUCAUCUGCGAAACCACAUCUUCAUCUUUGUAAACUGCCUCGUCAAUAACCCCGCCUUUACGUCGCAAACAAAGGAACAGCUCACGACCAAACCCAGUCAGUUUGGCAGCAAGUGCGUCCUUGGCGACGCUUUCCUUAAACAGAUUGCCAAGUCAGAAGCUAUUGAGAACAUCAUCGACUUUGCGCAGAAAAAAGCCGACAAAAUGAUGUCCAAGAGUGAUGGGGGCAAGCGAGCAAGAGUGAGCAAUGCCAAACUCGUCGAAGCCAACUUGGCUGGUACCAGGCGCGGUCACGAAUGCACACUCAUUCUGACUGAAGGUGACUCAGCCAAGGGUUUGGCCGUGUCUGGACGAGCAAUCCUUGACCCCGACCGUAUUGGCGUUUUUCCCCUACGAGGUAAACUACUCAACGUCCGAGAUGCGUCCAUUGAUCAGAUCACGAAAAAUCAAGAGAUUCAGAAUAUCAAGCAGUUUCUUGGUUUGAAACACAAACAGGUGUACACUGAUACCAAAAGCCUUCGUUAUGGCCAUUUGAUGAUUAUGGCAGAUCAAGAUCAUGAUGGCAGCCACAUCAAAGGUCUUCUCAUCAACUUUCUGCAGGUCCAAUUCCCGUCCCUGCUCCAGAUUCCGGAAUUUUUCAGGGAGUUCAUCACACCGAUUGUCAAGGUUUGGCAAGGUUCCAACCCCAAAAAGCCCCAAAGACUCAAGUCCUUCUUCACUCAGCCACAAUACGAGGAGUGGAAGGAAGUCCACAAGGCAGAGUUAUCGAGGUGGGAAUCCAAGUACUUCAAGGGUUUGGGUACGAGCUCCAAUGAGGACGCGCAAGUUUACUUUACAAAUCUAGACGAACAUCUCAAGGAGUUCGAGACCAUGAAGCCAGAAGAAGCUGAGCUUUUUGAUCUGGUAUUUUCCAAGAAGAAGGCCGAUGCUCGAAAAGAGUGGCUGGGUGCCUUCGUUCCCGGUACUUUUCUAGAUCACUCCACAAAGCAAAUCACGUAUAGAGACUUCGUCAGCAAGGAACUGAUCCUUUUCAGCAUGGCUGACAACAUGCGUUCCAUCCCGUCCGUGAUUGACGGAUUGAAGCCCGGUCAGCGAAAAGUUCUUUAUGCUUGCUUCAAACGAAACCUGACCAAGGACAAAAAGGUCGUUGAACUUGCUGGUUAUGUCUCUGAGCAGACUGCGUAUCAUCAUGGCGAAGCUUCCCUGCAGCAGACCAUUAUCGGCUUAGCACAAAACUUUGUCGGUUCCAAUAAUAUCAAUAUCCUCGAACCAAGCGGCAACUUUGGUUCCCGUCUUGCUGGUGGCUCCGACGCCGCUAGUCCCCGUUACACGUUUACACGUCUGGCACCGUUCGCCAAGAAGAUCUUCUCACCCCUAGAUGAGGCCAGCCUCAAGCACCAGUAUGAGGAUGGCGCGCGCAUCGAACCAGAGGUGUACUCGCCCAUUAUUCCCAUGGUGCUGGUCAAUGGUGCUGAUGGUAUCGGCACUGGAUGGAGCACCAACAUUCCCAACUACCAUCCAGAAGAUAUCGUCAAGAACCUCAGACGCCGCAUGGGUCGCAUAGAUGAGAAGGAUUCCGAGGAGAAACCUUUUGAAACCAUGACGCCUUGGUUUCGUGGCUGGAAGGGCAGCGCUGAGCUCGCAGGACCCGAUCGAUACAAGUUUAAUGGUAUUGCCUACCAGAAUGAACAGAAUGCCAACGAGAUUAUCAUUACUGAACUGCCUAUCCGCAUGUGGACAGACGACUUCAAGGCAAGGCUCGAAAAGGUGAUUAGCGGUGUCGAUGGCCCCGCCUGGAUCAAAGACUACAAGGAGUUCAACGACCACAAGACCGUCCAUUUUGAAAUCAUGGUGGACGAGAAGCACAUGCCCAAGAUUCUGGAAGAGGGUUUGCUGGAGCGGUUCAAACUCACGAAGCAAGUUGCCACGUCAAAUCUGGUUGCUUUUGACACGAGGGGUCAAAUUCGAAAAUACGACAAGGUUGAGGACAUCUUGGAGGAAUACUACAUUCAUCGGCUUGGCAUGUACACUGAUCGAAAGCAAUACUGGCUCGGUGUAUACCACGCAGAUUAUCGGAAACUCAAGAACCAAGCACGCUUCAUUCGGGAAAUCAAUGACGGCGAUUUGGUGGUGGCGAGGAAGAAGAAGGCCGUCCUGGUACAAGAGCUUCGAGAUCGCAAGUACGAAGCGUUUCCUCCUGGUGGCCAAAAGACGAAGACGACAGAAGACGAAAUAGGCAAAUCGGAUGACGAAAAUGACGAGAAUGAGGAUGCUGCCGUUGCGGGUGGUGCUCGAGACUAUGACUAUCUGCUUUCGAUGCCAAUCUGGGCGCUCACUGAGGAGCGAUUGCAAAAAUUAAACAACGCCAUUGCGGCGAAGAAGGAGGAACACUCGACUUUGCUGGCCAAGAGUGAGAAGGACCUGUGGUGUGCUGAUCUGGACGAAUUCAUGGUGGAGUGGAAUGCUCAACUGGCUCUUGAAGCGGAACUUCAGACCCAGAUCCGCCGUAUGGGGCGAAGAGUGUCAAAGAAGAUCGGUGCGGGUCGCAACCGCAAGGCGAAAGACGAUGACGACUAUGCUCCAGAGAAGAAACCAAAGGCCAAAGGCAAGGGAGGAGCGGCCAAGGCAGAACCAAGACCCAAGCUCGAGACAAAGAGUGCUCAAAGGUUUGCUGAAAUGUUUAGCUUGAAAGCAAAGAAGGAGCCCAAUGAAGAUUUGGUGGCCAUUUCGGACAACUUUUCCGAUGACGAUUUCAUGGCGCUCAGUCGGAACAAACCUGCAGCUGCCAAGGCCAGUGAGCCAUCUCAGUCUCGGUCUCUGCCUGCUUCGCAGUCUCAAUCAGAUGAGCUCGAGGUCAUUCGACCUACCAAGAGGGCUGCGGCUUCCAAGGCAACGACAUUGUUCGACAUGUCUUCUGGCGCCGAAGACGACGACGACGACGACGACACGCUGGGGGACAUUGGCUCCAUGGUUAAGGGCACUUCCAAGUCAACGGUCCCCGAAAGCAGCGGACGAGUGGGCUUAUUUUCCAUGAAUAAGCCACAAGCAAGCCAGGGCAGCGGUGAGUCAAGCAAAACGCAGAAACCAAUGCCAAAGCCUGCAACGUCAGCGAGAGACAUGGACAGUCAAGAUGAGGAGGAAACGGACCAUCUUCUUAGCAAGCCACCUCCUCUCCACAAGACGGCCACCAGGGAUGAGGAUGAUGCACAGAUGUCGGAUGACGAGCUUGUCGAUCGGGCAGCAAAGACGACUGCAUCUUCGACUUCGGUAGACGCAGACAGCGGCCUAGUGGAUGUUAAGAAAAAGCCACGAGCCAAGCCUGCUGCUGCCUCCAAAGCAAAGACGGCCGCCCAACCGAAGAAGACCAAGGCAGCUCCCAAGGCAGCUCCCAAGGCAGCUCCAGCUCCCAAGGCUACCACGUUGUCGCCUGCCGCGAAAGCGUAUGCCGCCAAGAAACUCGGCAAGGGUGCCAAGGCAAUCGCGCAGGUGGACUCGGAUGAUGAGAUGGAUGAUGGUCCGUCUCCUGCUCCGAGACCCAAGCCUGCUGCGCGAGCGCGGCCUGGCCGAGCUGCUGCUGCCAAGCGGCCCAUUAUCGUGGACGAUGAUUCUUCGCUGAUGCAAGACGAGAGCGACGAUCCAUUCGAGAUAGACGAUGACUGA